CUGAAUGUAGCAGAUUUUAAACCUUCCUUUGUUCAAGUUUGGAAAAUGGCGACGAACGUCAGGGAGGCGGAGGGAAACAUCUGUCGGGGAACCCGAUUGGCCAUAUUUUGCCGCAGAUUCCUACUGGAAAUGGCAGAAGGGGAGGGGGAAGUUUUACAAAGCCACAGAAUAGCACCCACCCCUACGGGGAGCCGCGUUAUCGAAAGAUUUUAUCAGAAGAGAAACUAUUCAAAAGACGAAUAGAAAAGAUAUCGUAAAGACAUUCCUAAUUUAACCAGCAAGACGCUGAGAGGCCCAGCAAUGUCAGGAAACGUGGGCUUCUAAAGCAGUUAUAAUGAUUACUGCUAGCCCUUAGCACUGAGUCUCCUAAUCCUAAAGCUAAAAAAGAAAAAAAACAUGUUGGCAUGUUUUGCAUACCUAGCGCUGUCCCGCCCCAACCGCCGCACGCAUAGACAGCGAAGAGCUUGGGAGGAGGGAAGGUGCAAAUAACCCGUCCUUUUCCCUCUGUAGUUCUCAAUCAGGUCGUACUCCAGGCAAUAUACAGAGACGUUCACCAACACUCGCUGCAUAGCCUUGUGUGCAAUUCUAGCGAAUAUGUCUGGUCGUGGUAAAGGAGGCAAGGGUCUCGGGAAAGGAGGCGCUAAGCGCCAUAGGAAGGUGUUGAGGGAUAACAUCCAGGGUAUUACGAAACCCGCCAUUCGUCGUUUGGCUCGUCGUGGGGGAGUGAAGCGUAUUUCAGGUCUUAUCUACGAGGAGACUCGCGGGGUGCUGAAAGUGUUUCUGGAGAAUGUGAUCCGAGAUGCCGUUACUUACACCGAGCAUGCGAAGCGGAAGACUGUGACUGCUAUGGACGUUGUCUAUGCGUUGAAGCGCCAGGGUCGUACUCUGUACGGAUUUGGAGGCUAAACUGUGCCAGUAAUUCUUUUCCGAAACAUCUAUAACCCAAAGGCUCUUUUCAGAGCCACCCACACUUUCAUGAAAAGAGCUGUUGUGCUUGUAUUUUUCUAUUUCGGCAGAGAAGCCCGAUAGAGCGAGAGACUGAUCUUCAUAAUCUGUU